AUGGUAUCUAGGCCAGAUCUCGAGUCCCAGAAAACAACCCCGCAGGUAGAUUCUCCUCACGACUCGGAAUCAGAAGACGACCUGGCCCUAAAACCUCAGCCCUCAAAUGCCUAUGACAUUCCAACAUGGCGCAAAUGCCUCAUCCUCUUUAUCGUGAGCUGGAUGACCCUGGCUGUUACAUUCUCCAGUACUUCACUAUUGCCCGCAAUCCCGGAGAUCGCUACCGAGUUUUCGACCACAUCGGAGAUUCUCAAUGUCACUAAUGCCGGUGUACUGAUUGCAAUGGGCUUCUCGUCUUUUAUUUGGGGUCCUAUUACCAGUAUAUUCGGGCGUCGCAAUGCUUAUAAUGCAGCUAUCCUUGUGCUUUGUGCAUGCUCGGCGGGUACCGCCGCGGCGAUCAAUUUACACAUGUUUAUCGCAAUGCGAAUUUUGGGAGGCUUUACAGGCACCUUCUUCAUGGUUGCUGGGCAGACUAUUCUUGCAGAUAUCUUUGAACCGACUGUGCGUGGAACUGCUGUUGGCUGCUUCAUGGUUGGAUCUGUCAGUGGACCUGCAAUUGGACCCUGCAUCGGCGGCAUCAUCGUCACAUUUGCUCAAUGGCGCAUUAUCUACUGGCUGCAAUUUGCGAUGACUUUACUCGGCCUCAUCCUAUCUCUUCUUUUCGUACCAAGUAUCCAAGAAAAGAAUCGAAUCAUCGACUCCAACAAACCCUGGAAGGCUUCCACUGUUAUAAGCAUGUUCAAUCCCUUGCGCAUCUUUCGUCAAUUUGUGUAUCCCAACGUUUUUCUUGCAUGCCUCACAUGUGGCCUCCUUUCUACAUUCCAAUACGCACUUCUCACAUCAGCCCGCUCAAUUUUCAAUCCACGCUUCAACUUAACGACUCCACUCGUUAGCGGCCUAUUCUACCUCUCCCCUGGAAUUGGCUUUCUGAUUGGUAGCGUCGUUGGCGGCAGGCUGUCUGACCGCGCUGUGAAGAAAUGGAUCCUGAAACGAAACGGGGUGCGCCUACCUCAGGACCGACUUAAUAGUGGUCUUGCCACCCUAUUUGGAGUCCUCCCAAUUGCAACCUUAAUCUACUGUUGGACCUUACAGGAAGAAGUGGGCGGUAUGGUUGUGCCAAUUAUCGCCGCUUUCUUUGCAGGCGUAGGCCUUCUGGGGGCUUUCAACGGGCUGAAUACUUAUUCGGCUGAGGUUAUGCCGCAUGUCCGCUCGGAGGUCAUUAGCGCAAAGUAUGUGGUGCAGUAUAUAUUUGCUGCUGCAGCGACGGCGGCUGUUGAGCCGGUGAUCAGUGCUAUCGGAGUAGGAUGGACAUUUACAAUCUAUCAAAUACUUGCAGAGAAUCAGCGGCUCAAGGAACGGUCGAUCACUUCGGCCCACGUUGCCGAGACCAACGACCCCUCGCAGAGCAGACGCCCCUCCAGGACAGCAGAUGUUCCUGAUGGAACAGGCAUACAGAAUCCAUUGAUUGGAGAUCGAGCCUGGUUCCACCGGUAUGAUCCUUCCUCGCCACCUAUCUACAUCGGCGAGGCAGCAUGUUCAGCAUUCGCAACACGGUUCCGCCGUUUCUUGUCAGGAAAUAGCGCAAUGCCACAUAUUCCCCGAACACAGUACGAGCGUGAAGAGGCAAUAACCACUGCGAACGAAGCCGAUAUCCAGUGGCCGAGUCUUCACCAUGCUCGGUUAUUGGUCCGGAUAGCAAUCCACCAGAUCGGGCAUCUGUACCACCUCAUGAUGCGCAAGUCGACGUUAGAUAAACUGGAAGAGAUUUACCAGACUCAAGAUUUUGAUUGCACGGCUAACAAGUGUAAAUUCUUCGCCCUGUUCGCCUUCGGUCAGGCGUAUUCAAUCCGAUCCGAGCCCAAUUCUGGCUCCAGGGUACCAGGCACGUCAUACUUUGCCCGCUCGAUGGGGUUAGUCCAGAUGCUGCCCGAGAGAACCAGCGUUACACAUUUGGAAACCCUACUAUUGUUGCUUAUCGACCCAGUGGAACGCCAACACCGCAUCCAAAUAUGGUGGACAAUCUAUAUCUUCGACCGGAUGUGGGGGUCCAAAAUGGGACUCCCAAUGCAAAUACUCGAUGAGGAUAUCCACGUCGACAUGCCAUCAACUAUAUCCCCCCGCUGGCGCCACGAAGAAGAACUCUCCGACUCAGAAUACAUGACGGCCAACAUAAAGCUGGCACGCAUAGUUGGCGAGACAAUUACGAGACUUUACAGCCGGAGAAAGUACCAAGAGACCUUUCUCCAGCGCGUUCAAAAACUUCUCAAAGCCCUGAAACACUGGGUGGAGACACUUCCCGAAUCACUUAGACUGAACAUGGAAGACCUGGAAUCGAGCAAGAAACCCAUCGUCUCCCUUCACAUGGCCUUCAACCAAUGUGUGAUCUUAACUACGCGCCCAACCCUACUACACCUCUUGAUGACACUAAGCAAAAAGGGCAAACCCCACCCCAAUUCCGUCAAUAGUACCAACAAGAUCGGGAUUGGGAUUGGGUCCGAAAGUGAGAACGAAGACGUAUCCGUUUCCCAGCCCGUCCUUACUCUAAGCGAAGCAUGUAUCCAUGCAGCGCGACACUCUCAUUCGAUGAUUCUGACACGGUGGAUCAAUGGAUCCAUGCCAACCUUUGGCUACUUCCACGCCCACUACCUCUUUUCCUCGGCUUUGAUCUUGGCAAUGUCCAGCUUUGUUCCGAUCGGCAGCCCGACGGACAUGACGGGAUUUGACUCAGCGCUGGAUCUGCUGCGCUCCAUGACCGAAAACGGGAAUCUGGCUGCGGCGGAAUUUUAUCAUAAUCUUGAACAAGUGAAGGUCUGCUUGGCUGCGUAUCGGGGAGUGAGGCGAGGCGGGGGGAGUAUUGAGUUGGCUGCCCCUGGAGGAGUGACUUCCAAUAUCAACGCCAAUGCUAGUGAUGAUGCGCCAUCUGGCGCUGGCACGCUAGCUUUGUCUGGGCCUUCAUCGGGUCUGGGAACAGCCACUACUUCCUUCCUGAACACCUUGGCACUCAACCCAUCAACAUCUAUACCCCCGCCAUCGUUAAUACCAACAACACAUGAUAUCCUUGCUUCUGCCGCCACCCAGCCUGUGAACAGCCAUGGCAUUGAUGCAUAUUCCUAUCCAUUGAGAGAAAACGUCAGUGGGUACACGACUGAAAUGGCAUUUUUAGAGCCGACCAUGCAAGAUUUUCUAGCGCAGUCAGAUAUCGACCUUGGGUUGUUACAUCCUGUUGAUACGUUCUUCAACGAGGCGGAGAAUUUAUAUACAUGUCAUGAGUUUUGA